UUCACAGCGCAAGAGGCGGCAGGUAUUCAAAGUCAAAUCUCGAAAGAGAUAAUUGAGACCUGCCUCCGAGACCCUAUACCGGGUCUGCCUCUUACACACGCCCCAGUUUUCACAGGAAAGGCCCUCUUAAGUGAGGGCGUCCUAAAACUGUGGUGUAAGGACGAGCCAUCACUCCAGUGGUUACAUGCAGUCGUCCCACGGCUGCGGUCGCCACGGGAGAAGCACACCGUAGUUAUACGAAGGCAGUGCGACAUCCCAAGUCGGAUUAAGACGGCACUUUUUGUGCCUGACUACGAUGGGGACAUCGGUACACUACACCGUGUCCUCAGCCGUCAAAAUCCGGCUUAUGAUGUCAAGUCAUGGUCUUUAUAUAACUACAAGAGAACUAACAGUAGACCUCCUGGAGUGUUCCUAGUCCUAGGAAUACCUCAGGAGCAAAUCAAGACGAUCCUGACCAAUGAACGAAGGAUUGCGUACAUGACAGGGUCCAUUUACCUCCGGUUCUUCAGAAAUGAAGAACUGAGUGAGGUACCACCAGGGUGGGAUCCCCCCCCUGCCCCCCAAAUGGACACUGAAGCUACUGUAACAGAGGCUACUGACACGAAGUCAGAAGCCUCUGUUACAGAAACUCUUGAUAAACCCAGGUCAAGGAUCACGGAACCCGACCUCGCGGCACCCGGACCUAGUGCACCACCCCCCUCGGAUGGGACACCAUGGGAAGGCUGCCGAGGGUCGGAGGAGGUGCAUUCCGAUGACUCGGACAGCUUGACGAGCCAUUUAAACAUCCUUUUACAAGAGUGGGCCCCUGGGGCCCACCAUAACUGAUCUCAUUUUCAGUACCAUACAAGUGCUGCAGGCCAACCUCCAGCACAAACACCUGGCUGUAGCGGCUCUACGGCGACAGCUGGAGGUCAACGCUGACACCAUAGCCCUGAUCCAAGAGCCGUGGAUCCGGAGAAACACUGUAUGCGGACUCAGCAACUGCAGCGAGACCUAACAACAGUAAGAAUACAAAAUGGAACGCCUCAACCAUCGCAGGCGUCAGCCAGGCCGCUUGUCCUGGCAUCGCUAUACCUACCAAUAGAAGAACAACUACCACCACAGCAGGUCGUGGACCUCAUCAAAUACUGUGAAGAGAGCAACAUUGACCUCAUAAUAGCUGUGGAUACAAACGCGCAUCACUCCCUAUGGGGCAGUGAAGACAACAACAAGAGAGGUAUAACCGACAGCCCUCUUUGCAGAGCAUGCAUGGAGGAAGAGGAAACCCCGAUACAUGUUAUGCUUAGAUGCAGAGGUGUAUCUGAACAACGCGCAGCACACAUUGGAUCCCCAGCAACACUCCAUGAGGCGUUCGGCGACCUGGGCGGCCUGCUAAGCUUCUGGAGCGAGCUCGGUUGGCUGGAGUGACUCCGGCGGGGACCAGCACCGAAGGGACCCACGUACAACGGCCAAACCUUAGUGGCCAAGUGCGGAUAAGGCCCAGGAAGAAAAGAAGAAGAAGAAGAA